UAUGCGUAUUUAUUAACCCUAGAUAACUAAACAUUCGUCUACGCGACGACGCCCCUCUCCGAGAAAGUCAAGUGCACUUACUUCCCCGCGCCCCGCACCCACCACUCUUUGUUUACCUUCCUGAUUGGUGCCAAUAGUUCAUCGAGUGACUCGGUUGCCGUCACACGAUAAUUAGGAGGUGACCUACGGCUAUAUCGUUGCCUGGUUGACGAAAGUUUAGUUACAACGUACGUUUUUUUGCAAAGAUGGAUUUGAGAAAACAAGAAGAGCAGAUAAGUAAAUGGCUCGAAGAAGAAGCGGAAGAUGAUGAAGAGGGUUCAAAUGAUACGGCCUCAGAGACAGAGGAUAACGUGGAGGAAGAAAUACAUCUUAACACUUCCGAUUCAGAAUUCUCAAAUGAAUCUUCGGAACCUGAGGAUGGCAUCAUACGACCAAGUAAGAGACAAAGAACUCAAAUUAUAGACUCUGAUGACUCUUUGGGGGAUAUUUAUGAAACAAAUUCUCCUCAAACCUCAAACCAAGGUAACCAACGUGUUCUUCAAUCAACUUCCCGAUUCCUUUAUGGAAAAAACCAACAUAAAUGGUCGUCUGUACCUAGAUCAGCCACUACUCGUACUUUGAGACGGAAUAUCGUACAUUUUAUACCAGGUCCAAGAGGAGAAGCUAGGGAAUUACAGGAACCAAUAGAUUUAUUUCGGCUUUUCAUAACUGAUGAUAUGCUGCAACAAGUUGUGACAUUUACCAAUGCAGAGAUUCUUACUCAAAGGAAUAAAUAUAAACAUGAAUCUUAUACCGUUUCAUUGACUAGUUUGUCAGAAAUAAAAGCUUUGCUCGGUUUGUUAUUGAACGCCGCAGCUAUGAAGAGCAAUCAUUUGCCAACUCGCAUCCUGUUCAAUACUCAAAGAUCAGGCACAAUUUUUAAAGCCUGUAUGAGUGCAGAAAGAUUCAAUUUUCUCAUAAAAUGUCUGCGUUUUGACGAAAAGCAAACAAGAGAUGACAGAAGAAAAGAGGACAAGUUCACACACAUACGUGAACUGUGGCAAAAUAUGAUUAAUAACUUUCAAAAAUGGUAUACGCCUGGAUCAUAUAUUACUGUAGAUGAACAACUGGUUGGCUUUCGUGGAAGAUGCCCAUUUAGAAUAUAUAUUCCUAAUAAACCAAACAAAUAUGGGAUAAAACUUGUAAUGGCCGCAGAUGUCAAUAGUAAAUAUGUAAUAAAUGCAAUUCCGUACCUAGGAAAAGGAACCGAUACCCAAAAACAACCAUUGGCUACAUUCUUCAUAAAAAACAUAACAACUCCUUUACACGGCACCAAUCGUAACAUAACGAUGGACAAUUGGUUCACGUCUGUAUCUUUGGCUGAUGAGCUGUUACAGUCACCUUAUAAUUUGACUUUAGUGGGGACUUUGAGAAGUAACAAACGGGAAAUUCCUGGAAAACUUAAAAAUUCUAGGUCUCGUGCCAUUGGAACUUCGAUGUUUUGUUACGAUGGCGAUAAGACAUUAGUUUCAUAUAAAGCUAAGUCAAACAAAGUGGUUUUUGUGCUGUCCACAAUUCACGAUCAACCAAAUAUUGAAGUGACGACAGGGAAACCGGAAAUAAUUCACUUUUAUAACAGUACAAAGGGUGCCGUAGACACGGUUGAUCAAAUGUGCUCAAAUAUGUGUGUCAACCGAAAAACUAACAGAUGGCCGUUAUGCAUUUUUUAUAAUAUGUUAAAUCUAGCUAGUAUCAAUGCCUACGCUAUUUACAUCUCAAACAACUUAAGAAAUAAGAAGAAGCCGACACUACGACGCGAUUUUGUCAUGAAGAUGGGAGAUCAACUGAUGGAGCCUUGGCUACGGGAGCGAUUACAAACGGUGACUUUGAGGCGUGACAUCAAGGUCAUGAUAAAAGAUAUUAUUGGCGAGUCUUCAGAACCUGAAACUCCUGUUCAUUCUGUGACCAAUGUACGCAAAAUAUGUUAUUUAUGUCCAUCGAAGGCUCGCAGGAUGACAAAACAUCGGUGCAUGAGAUGCAAAAAUGCCAUUUGUGGGUCGCACAAUAUUGACAUGUGUAGUAGCUGCGCGGAAUAGUGAUUUAUGGUUAAAUGUCUUUCACAUCAGUUCCUAAUAAACCAAAGUUAAGUGCCAUGUAACCAUUUCCUGUUAUUAAUAAAUACUUUUGAUUUUUUUUACGUUUUUUAUUGCGUAGUCUAUCUGACGAAAGUUUAGUUACUGUGUAUCUACAAAUAUAGUUUAGUUACCUAGGGUUAAAUCAUAUGCGUUUGCUUUCUUCACAGGCCCACAAUUUUAUUCUUAUCCUCACUUGACGUUUGUAUGAUUAAAUUAUAAGAAAACUAGCGGACGCCCGCGACUUCGUCCGCGUGGAAAAGUAGAAUCUAUUUCCAUUCCAAAUUUCAGCCAAAUUGCUUUAGUAGUAGCGGCGAUACAGAGUAACAAACAUCUAAACAAACAUACAUCAAUACAAACUUUCGAGUCUAUUAUAUUGGUAGGAUUACGUCUUACCUACUUUAUAGAUAUUAAUAUUAUUGUUUUAUAAUUAUUAUUAUACGUUAAGGAAGAGCGGGGCCUUCUGAUACAGGUUUAGCACAUAAUAGAUAUAAUAAGAU